AUGCCUAGAGAUAGAUUAUUAGAAUUACGGGUUAGUUUUUUUUGCUCAAAAUUUGAGAAGUUUUCCAAAAAAAAAAACUUUAUUUUAGGAAAAAGCGGGUAUCCCAACGAACUCAACAACACCAACACCGUCAAGAAAAUAUUCGGAAAAUCCCAACGAUGCUUCACAACCGCUUAUUGAUCAAGAUGCGGAUUUUGAGAUGGUAAAGUUUUUUUUUUGAAAAAAAAAUUAGGAAAAAUCAAAAAGAUUCGUUUUUAGUUUCUCGAGAGGUGUACAAAUAUACGCAGUGGAUUGACGAGUUUGAACGAGGAUUUUAGCGAAAUUACCAAACUUCACGGAAAACUUUUAUCAACUCCUGGAGCUGAUGCUGGUGAGUUGUUUUGUUAUUUAGAAAUUUGAAUGAAAUAUAAUAUUAAUAUUAUAUGGAGAAACUUGUUUGUCCAAUUCAAAUAAAGAAAGAACUAUGACUCAUAGGAAUUUGGAGAAUUUAAAACAUGAAAACAUCUUACUUUGCAUAGUUUUUUUUUUUGAAAAAAUAUCAACUCGAGUUUUGUUUGAAACCGAAUUGCUCAAAUGACUCAAUGUUUAAAAAUGUUUAGCUAAAUGGGUUCAAAAUAUAUUAUCAAGAAGAUUUCGCGAGUUUCUCUUCUGCAGGAAUUUUUGAAAAUCAAUUACUGAAGAUUGGAACCAGAAAAAAAAGUAUUGAAUUGGAAUAUUGACACAAAAAUCAUUUGCUGAUUAAAUGACAGAAUUUCUGGAAAAAACCAAACAGAAACUAUUGUAUUUUCAUUUCCGAUUUUUCCAGGCCAUGAUUUGUUUUCAAUCAAAAAAUUUUGUUCGGAAAAACAUUAGUUGAAGAAUGUUCAAAAGAAAGUUUUGCAGUUUUGAAACAAUUCUGUAACUAUAAGGUAUGAAACAUCUCAUUCUAUUGUAAAUGAAAAAUCAUUCCUGAAAAUACUGAAAAAAAUGAUGAAUAUAAAAAACUGCUAAAAAUUGAGAACAAAUCUAGAAUCCCAGUUUUUUUCGCAACAAGAGAAAGCUUAUCUAAUUUUUAGAAUAACAAAACGAAUUUUUUUCUUCAAGUUCAAUUAAAAUGUUUAAUGUUCAUAUUCUGAUCUUUUGAUUUGUCUCAAAAUUUUAUCAAAAUGGUCUUUUUUCAUAAACAAAAUACACCUACUCUCCCAUAAACAUAGCCAAUUUUAUAUUGUUAAAGGGUUGGUGCUCCGCCAGGGAAUCUUGCUUGGUUUAGAUAGGAAUAAGGUGCUCCUGGAAGGUUCCAGUUUUAGAAAAAAUUCUAGUAUCAAUUCAGCCCAUGUUUUUCCUCAAAAACACAAGCAAGUUAAAACCUACGAAACAAAACAAGUAAAUGCGCUCUAGCUCACAACUCGUUUUUGAAUUUUCGUUCGUGUGUUUGCACACAACUUUGAAAAUAACACGGUGACGCCUUUUUGCAGACGAUUUUUUCACCAGGAAAACACCAACCCUUUAAAAUCUUAAAAAAUCGUUGGCUUUUUUUCAAACAAAAUCUGGAUUUUUUUCAGAUAAUUCAAAAAGUCUCAAUGCGCGCGUCGAUUUAUUCAUCUCAAAGGCUUCACAAAUUCGAGAUAGUCUCAGAAGUGAGUUUUUGAGAAAACUUUGAAUUCCAAUUUGAAAACUAAUAUAAGUUUUUUCAGUUAUAUCAGAAGAGACGAGAAAUUUGCCCAACAAAUCUUGUGGGAUAGCAAGAGCCAAGUCUGAGCAGGUAUGUAAUUUUUAAAAUCUUUCUACGCUGUGGAAAAUAAAGUUAUUAUCAUUAUUUUAAUUAAUUUUUUAGGUUCGCUCAAUUUACAAAACAUUUGAAACAGUAAUGUUGAAAUUCAACAAAGAGCAAGAAGAAUAUAAGGAUAAAGCAAAAAAGAAAAUUGUGGAUUAUUUGAAAAUCAAAAAUAUGCAAUUAAGCGAUGAAGAAAUUGAAGAUGCAGUUUCAUCGGGUAAUUUAUCCGAACUAACUAAAGGGGUAGGUUUUCAUUAUAAAGAAUUUUGAAAAUUUGAAAUAAUAAUUCAUGAAUUUUCAGGUUAUGUUAGCAUUAAAUGAGAAAAAGGCAUUGUAUGAUGAUGUGAAAUCACGGGCAAAUGAAUUAAAAUUGUUGGAAUCUCAAAUGGCUGAACUUGCUCAAAUGUUUCAUGAUUUACAUAUUCUUGUUGUUAGCCAGGUGAGUAACAUUUAUUUUAGUUUUAGAAAAGUGUAGAUAAUCAUAGAAAAUCAUUUGACAAUUAAAAUGUUGAAAAAUUCAUGAACCUGUGAAACUCAUAAAAUUUUGAAAUACUUCUCUAAAAUUUAUUACGAUUUCAAGAAAGUUUUCAGAAAACGAUUGUUCUUUUCUCAAUAUUUUUGUAGUGUUUGGAAAAUUAACUUAUGUAUACCAUUUUUCUCCAAAGUAUGGAAUUGACAGGAUUAAUCGAUUAGAUCACCAGAGUUCUCAAAAAAAUCAAACAUUGUGUUGUAAAUUAGGAACCAAAAUUUUACAGUUUAUUUCAAGAAGCUUACUGUUAGCUACAAGAUCACAGUCAUUCAAUUUUGUUAAAGAAGGAUCCCAAAUCAACAUUUAUCAAAAAUCUAUUUCUCAAUUCAAAAACUCGCAUUCAAAAUGAUUGCAUUGUUUUGCAAUUUAUUGUUUUUCCGCCGGAAAUUACUAAUCAUUCAUUUUCAAUUUCCUCAUGAAUCAUAUCAGUGUAAUAAAAUUUCAAAAAAUAAAAGAUAGAACUCACCAUAUUUUUUGAUAAACCCGAUUUUCCCAUAGCAUAUCAAUCUAAAAUAAUAAAUUCAACAAUAUGAGGAAUGUAUAAUUUUUAUUGAUCUGUGAGAAAACGACAACGCGACAGGCACUGUGAAAAAUAAGACAAAAAUCAAUAAAUAUUUCCAGGGUGAAAUGAUGGAUCGUAUCGAAAAUAGCGUUCAAAACGCCACAGAAUAUGCUCAAAGAGCACGUGGAAAUGUGGAAGAAGCGCGGCGACUUCAAAAACGUGCAAGAAAAAUGAAAAUCUUCAUCAUUAUUGGCUCAAUCAUAUUGUUUUUCAUAUUAUUAGGCGUAUUCCGUGUAUUAUUCUGCCUUUAUAUACCAAUUUGUUCCAAAUAA